UGCAUACGUAUCACAGCUGGCCGCUGAUGUUUUCCAGAUGUGUUUGAGAGUCAAGGCAAGUUUAAAGAGAGCUAUUGCUGCAGAGGUUGUGACAGUGGCGCUGACCCUCCAGAGAUCUCCUGUAUUCUCCCAAGAAGUUGCUCUAGUCCAUUCACUAAUCGGACCCUGGGGAAAAUGCAAGGAAGAACUUUGAUCUUGGUGAUAUUUUCCACCCAUGUGUGUUCCACUGUGCUGUCCAAAAGGAAUACAGUUCUCUUCCCGUCUGCACAGAGGUUAAAAAGAGAUCUAGAUUCCGACAUUCCCGUUAAUCCGGUGUUCCAGAGGUCAACGAAAGAUGUGGAGCUGCUUUACGAGUUUCUGUGGGAUGGCUUGAACUUUGAGGACAACUUCAGGUGCUCGCUGAAGGACAAGGAACUCAUGUCGAUGAGGGCAGGAAAGAAGUUCAACGUCUUGGUCAACACCAUCAUCCCCAAGAAUAUUUCUGACAUCCGGAGACUAACUCACAAACUGUCCGAGCACCAAGGGCAGCUCAAGCCCGCCGACUUCGAGAGGAUACUCUUGACUUUGGUCUUCACAGCUUACCGCACGUCAAAAUCCCAGGGACAUCAACAGGACACCUGGGCAGAGUCGUUAGUGAAUAUUUUCAAGGCUUUAAGACAUGAUUUAAUGCUUUAAUUACAUCGAGUUUGCGGGCAAUGGACGUAAAGAAAAAGGCUUUUAAUUCCAAUUCUAACUCACGAAAACUUCAUUCUCCUCCCGUUGUAUAUCAGUCCAGAUGGUAUCUCUUGUUUCCUGAAUAUAUGUCAUGCUUUCCAGUACAACUCUUUGU